AUGGCGUCCCCAAACCAGUCUUCGCCCGUUUCUCACCCUACAGGCUCACUAGACCUGUCGAAGAAGCUGUCAGGUCUCCGGAUAAACCGGCGAAGACAGCCUCAACCGUCCCAGGCCUCUGACCCUCCAACCCCAAAUCUCCCAGACCGCCCCUGCCUGACCGCAUUCCAGUUCAUUCGCCCAGUGUCGCGCAUUCUCUCUCCACAGGACCUCGAAGCCUUCCAUUCCUCUCCAGCGUAUACCCUGAUUCUUGCAUUCAUUUUCAACGUCUCAGAUAGUGUCCGACAGCAGUCGGUUCCUUCGGUCGCGAAACUGCCACAGUCGGAAAAUAUAAAGAAGAUACUGUCCAUACUCUCGGCUAUAGAAGACCUAAUUGAUAAACACCCUUCUCUCGAUCAAAAUGGAUCGCGCUUUGGGAACCCAGCGUUUCGCGGUUUAUUUGAUGACAUUGCAGCCCACAGCGCGCAAUGGCACACAGAUAUCUUAGGCUUCGAGGACUCAAAAGCGAUAGAGGAGGUCUCGACAUAUCUGAUACACUCACUUGGGUCGCGAUCCCGACUUGAUUUUGGGUCUGGCCACGAGCUGAACUUUAUGAUGUGGCUGCUCUGUCUAUAUCUAUUUGGGGUCAUCGAGAAGAUCGACUUCCCUGUUAUCGUCUGUCAGGUAUACAUUCGUUAUAUGAAACUCAUGCGCCACGUGCAAGCGACAUAUUACCUCGAGCCUGCGGGAUCACAUGGGGUAUGGGGCUUGGAUGAUUAUCACUUUUUACCCUUUCUCUUUGGGGCCGCCCAGCUAGCCGGGCACCCCUAUAUUACUCCGCUCGCUAUACAUAAUAACGUCGUUUUGGACGAGGAAGGAGACAAUUGGAUCUACCUGGACCAAGUUCGAUGGGUGGAUAGUGUCAAAACUGUCAAAGGGUUGCGCUGGCAUAGCCCCAUGCUCGACGACAUAUCUGGAGCUAAAAACUGGUAUAAAGUCGAAGCAGGCAUGAAAAAGAUGUUUAUCAAGGAGGUUCUUGGUAAAUUACCGAUUAUGCAGCAUUUUUUAUUUGGGAGUUUGAUCCCCGCGUUGCCGGGAAUGGGUGAGCGAAGCGAACAAGCGGCUCAGGACAACGGUGCGGAUCAUUCUCAUGGCCAUGCCCAUUCGCAUCAGACUGAUUAUUGGGGUGACUGUUGCGGGAUCAAAGUCCCGAGCGCAUUGGCUGCAGGGGAAGAAAUGAGGAAAAGGCAGGGAGGGACCGGGUUACGACCAAUUCCAUUCGACUAG